AUAAUAAUGAAACGCUUUGCAUAAGAUAUUAUCUCUGUAAAAUUGACUUAGCUCUAGAGACGUUGGAGAGCGGUUAAGUAUUGGCUGUGCGUUAUUGAUCACAAACCGCUAGUGGCAUACUGGUUGGUGUGUUAGCUUGUCAAACGCAUGUCGCCGGUUCGAAGCUUGGUGAAGGCGUCUCCCAUCUUAUUUUUUAAUAAAGCGUGCUCCUUGAUGCGAAGCGGGCUUGGACAGCGAGGCUGACUAUCGCGUGGCGGGCCUUGACUUGGGCGGUCCGUGGGCUUGGACAGCGAGGCUGGCUCGUGCGAUGCGUGGCGGGCCUUGACUUGGGCGGUCCGUUGAAGUUGGGUACCAAAGCGGGUCAUGGACGAGACGCGGGCAUGGACGAGAAGAAGCGGGUUGUGCUUGGCUUUAGGAAUCGGAGCGGGCCGAAUGAAUGCGGCCCACGUUGACAAAUUGGAGCGGACUUUGUGUUUGGAUGCAUUCUGGACGAAUUGGCUUAUGUUGAUGAAGGCCUGCCUGAAUGUUAAUGUGGUUGGCGGCUGUAGUACAUGGAUGCGGUCCACGUGUUGGAGUUGAUCCACGAUUCUUCUGGACUUGGAUCUUGAGACGCUUUAAAUAUUGAGCGGUCGUUCUUGUAUCCUUGGCAUUGCUUAGAGUGAAGAAGUGGACGGCCCAAUUUUCGGACCGUGGAAUGCGGGCUUUGACUUGGGCUUUAGGCGUUCUUUGAAAUGUCUUCGUGUGCGGGUUGGACCUGCUUGCUGACGCUGAAAGCUGAGCGGUUCGUUAGAGAGAAAGUGGGCUUACGGAAUGCGGGCCUUAUCUUGGGCCCUGCUUUGCUAUGCCGUUGGAGGCGAAAGGUUGGUGGUGGUAGCGGCCGAGUUGGAGACGAGCCAGUGCUGGCAAGAUGGAGGCGGUCGGACUCCCUUGUUGGGCCAAACGUGAUGAGUUUUGGAAGCAGAGCGGUCUUAGGCGGGCCUCUAAUGCGCGGCAAGACCGCAUAGUGGGAUGGCUAGCUUGAAUCUCCAGGUACUUACUUCAAAUAUAAAGCGUUGAUAGAUUGAUCACAAAUUCCCUUGUAGCAUGAUGGUCAUCAUGCUAGUGGGGUGCGACUCCUACCCUGGUUCGAUUUCCGAGAGAAGUGUUUUAUUUUGUGAAGCGGCUCUGAAGCUUUAUUGGAGGUGGAGGCGAAGUGAACUGCGUUGUCAUGGGCUAGCUUCGUGGACCCGUUUGACGGACACGGAUCUGAUUGAUGGUGAACCGCGAGCUGGAGUCGGGCCUGAUACUUUGCUUCUGCGGGCCCUCCCUGGAAGCUUUGUUGGCGCGGGCUGGUAGUGGGUAACCUAACCACUUGGUGCCUCAAGCUUCCUCUUUUCCCAUUUAGCUUUGCGUCUUCUGUUUUGAGGCGCCUCCUCGAUAACUUCGUUGUCUCGGUACUCCCCCCUUUGCUUUUUCUGACACAGAAAGAAAAUGGCAUUGAAGUGACUCCCCCAUAGCAACAUGGUCUACUUUUUGGGUAAGAAAAGGAGAAAGGGAUGUGACAACAGCCUGUCGUAGUGUUGAUGUUGACUGCUCGCCUGAGCUUCUUGCCGGCUGCCGGAAUUCACCUCCAGCGAUCGGAACCUGGAGAUUUUGCUAUAGCUCGCACCUGUAUCUUCUUUUGGGUUGGAUUAGUAGGCGAUGUGAGCUUCAUACAACAUACAGUUUUCGCUUGGGGUGGUAGAAGUCGGCGGAGCCAAGGAGACGUCUUCGCUGGCGGUGAUGAGAAGCUGGACGACGAGCAGGGGCGAUGACAGGUUGUGUUGGGGUUGACGAGUGAGCAGGAGGGUCGCUGUUGUUUCCGGUCGUUUGGGCGAGUUGUUGACCGGAUCUGGGACUCGUUCUAUUGACCUGAAGGAUAGAGAAGAGAGUGAGGAGUACCGGGAAGGAAGUGCGGUCGUGGAAGUCGGAGAGGUGGUGGAGGAAAUUUUCAAUUUUGAGACUGCUCUCGGUUGGCAUAUUAUGCGAUGUUCUUGGAUCUGGGAUUUUCGGACCGUGGGAAAGGAACGAAGAAUGAACUCCCCAAUUGCACGCCGCCCAUCCUUGUCGUUCCUCGUUUCUCAUAAAAGAAAAGUAGAUCCGGGACAUUUUCAUUUUUAUUCUGCCCGGCGGCUCUUGCUUUUGAUCUGCAGCUGCUGUCGUUGCUUCACUUGGUGGAGGUUUGGUUUCAUCCCCUCUUUUGGAAAUCAAACGAAAAGAGUGGCAGAAUCUUUGCCCCACGGUGGGCGCCAAAUUGUUUGUGCCUAGAAUGUUCUAGGCGGUUGUGAGGCUCCGAUCUGGACUCCUUCGUCUGAUCUCCUCGAGAGGGGAAGAACCUGUGAGGCGGGGGGCGGCCCCCGGGAUACGCUCCGACGCCCAAGUUAGUACGAUAUAGGAGAGUGUAUGGUAUCUAGAGAGAUAAAGUAGAGAGAGACCUUAGGGGAAAGUGAGGAAGGGAAAAGAGAGGAUCUUUAGUUUGGAGGGUUAGGCCUCCUUAUAUAGGGUUUGGGCUUCCUUGAGUGGGCUUGGGCCCAGGACGCCUUGCGGUGGGCUUGGGCCCGUUUAUAGUCGUGUAGGCAUAUUAAUCCAUACCCAACAUGUUGUUUAUUCACCUAAUGUAAAAAGUUGAGACCUUUCCGAGCUACUUUGUCCACAAUUUUCUUCUUCUUGUGGUAGCCAAAUAGCCAAUGCCCUGAAUGGUUACGGGGGAUCUCUGUAGCUGUCAAACUACCAUCUUAAGGUUAAACUUAGGAGAGGAAUACGAGACUCUGAUACCAUAACAACCAUUUAGGGUUGGGGAGAAAAGAGCUUAGUUUGUUUGCAUUCAGAGAUCAGCUUAUAUAGCUGUGAGUUUAGUACAGACAGAACGAGGAAGAAGACAAGCCUUGUGGCUAAAGAAAGUACAUUGCUUAAAACGGAAACAAACAGAAUUAAAGACUUGGAGGACUAAAAGAGAACUUUCCCAAUACGACACCACUCCAGCUCCUGCGUGUCUUAGUGGAGACGGCGCCAUUGUGGACAGCAGCUGAGUUCUCUGUGGAAACGUUGUCGUGUUGAACAACGGUCGACUCCUUCUUCGUCUUCUCUGAUUCAAAAGCAGAGCUUUUCCCUGAUUAUCUUCAAAUGCAAAGGGGGAACUCAAAACAAUGCCACAUCACUUGCUCUGUUUGCUCUGGCUACUGAAACAGGACAACUGAAAUGGAACGAACAACUGAACUGCUAAACAAUUCGAAGCCAAAACACAAAGGACAUACUGAAGUCCUUGAUUGUGACUCUUUUUCUUCUUCUUCUUCUCCGUAGCAUUCAGUAGCUUGGCACAGGCAGAGUGAUGGUCCCUGCGAGGCUUCUCUAGAUUCCUCUCAAGCUGCUCCUCAGCUUCCCUUAUCUUUCUGCGGAUCGCGCAGCUACCUUUAACUUGUGGGCAGCUAUUAACUUCCUCUCCGCAGCAGCAUACUCCUGAAGCUGGCGGUUAAAUACAGCCACCAGGGCUGCUCUCUGUCUCUGCUCGUCCCCUGUUUCUGCCAUUUCCUGCUCUGUUUUUUUUUUUUUUUUUUUUUUUUGUGCUGUGACCAAGCUGUUUCAUAAGCUUCAUCACCAUCAUCAUCCAUAAGUAAACACAUACAACCAACAAACUCCAUUCUAGAGG